AUGGCGGGCGACGAGUAUUCCAUCGGCGGCGGCAAGCUCAAGCUGAAGGGGAGUAAAAUCAGCGGAGGACGGUCAGAGUCAACGCCGGAUACCGAGCGGCCAGAAAAUGCAAAGGGUGCGGGUAGGAGGUCUGAGGAAAAUAGAGAAAAGGAAUGGGAUGCGCCUGGGAAGACUGAGGCCGAGAAGAAAGCCGAGGAGAUUCGUCGGAAACGGUUGCAUGAGCGGCUCCAGCGCGAAGGUGUCAAAACCCAUAAAGAGCGUGUGGAGGAGUUGAACAAGUAUCUCAGUCGACUAAGUGAGCAUCAUGAUAUGCCAAAGAUCGGACCGGGCUAA